CGUUACGCAGAACCGAGAUGCAUCUCUCGCUCAUCUCAGCUGUCUCUGGUUAUAAACAGGAGGCGCGUGUGUUUAGGUUCUGAAACCAGGGCUCAGGUCGCUGAAUCCGAAUAGUAACGAGAAACAUUCGGACAACCGCUGUAACAGCCUAUUAACGAAACUGCUGAAGUCGACAUUUUCCAACCUGUUGCUUACGUGAUCGGCACAUACCCGUGAUUAAUCUGCAUAAACAUCACUGCGAUAAAACGGCUAUAAAUGCAGUCUGACUCCUUUCGCUCGGCCCGGAGUUCCUUCUCCUAGCCUGGACCCCACAAAGAUGGCCGCAUUCAUCCAACUCCUGCUCUCAGUUGCCGUGGUGAUCGCCUCAGCGGCUGCUAACGGCUUCGUGCUGAGUCCCGAGGACCCUGAAGUUCUUAAAGUAGCGAACUACGCCAUCAGGACCUACAACCAGAUGAACAACAACGUCUACGCCUACAAGCUCGUCUCCAUCCAGUCUGUCAGUGCUCAGAUGUAUCCCCCUGCUCGGGUGAAGUACAGCCUGUCGGUGACUGUGGGACAGACUGUGUGUAAGAACAGGCCGGACAUUAACCUGGCAGACUGCUCACUCCAUGGCAAGACUAUGACCUGCAACUUUGUAGUGCUGGCCGUCCCCAACUCGGACGUACCCAGCUACCUCCUGACCAGCCAGUGUAAGUGACGUGGAUUUGGGAAACCCCCCCCCCCCCUCCUGCUCCAGAUUGGAAAAGUGGGAAGCCUUCAACAGUCAUUUGUUUGGCACAUACUGGAUGAAAUAUCUCCCCAGAUUCAUUCUGUCCACUCCUCAGGAUCUACAGUUAAGCUCUCAAACGCUAUCGUUUGAAGGUGUCCCGUUGUCCCUUUCCCUUCCCCCCUGGGGGCUCAUGCCUGACCUGUGAUGUAGUUUCUGCUCUUGUGUUCCACAGUACAAUUAAUUCCUAUAUUUAGGCCAGUAUAACGAGCGGAGGAAAGAGCAAGUGAGCCCUUAUUUGUGCAGUGCCAUUUACAACCAGGUUGUCUUGCAGUAUUCCACCAUGGUAGAAGACCACUGACUAGGGGUUUGAUUCGUGACCCUUUCUGUACUGUAACCCUGUCUGCUUCCCCUCAUCUGAAUAAAGUGAAAAAGCACAUAACAA